GGGCCGUGUGCCCGGCCGGGCGGAGCCGUUGGGCGGGGGUGGCCAUGGCGGCGGCCGGGGGCCUGCACGUGUCAGCUUACACCCCUUGCAUGUGUGUAUACCCACGAAGCAGGAUAGAGGUACUUGCAGACCCCAAGCCACUGUUUUGCCAAGUCAGCAGUCCUACGCUUAUAUGGGGAAACCAAGAGACAAUAUGGACCCUCUCACCUGGUGCUAUGACAGCUCGACCAUCUGCGCGAAUCUUGAAUCUGUGCAAGCCCAAGAAAGAUUUUACCAAGUAUGGGCGCAGUUGCAGACCAGUAAUCGGUGGGAAUCCCCUGCUAGUGAAGUAUGGCUACCCUUCUGAACGGCUGCUGAGGUUAUCUGAGCCUAAAAAAUACCUCCCUGCUUACCUGGCACAAAGAUCCCGCGAGUCCCCGGAGUGGCCUGUGUCCCUGGCUGCACAGAACUAUAAUGCCUCCAAGCGGAUACUGCAGCUUGCCCAGCCAAAGGGGCUGCACCCAGACUUCAUGCCGCCCCGAGAGGUGCCAGCACAGGUUUCCAGCUUAGCAGUCUCGGCCAGUGCAUCGGCUCGGGUCCAGAAACUCGCAGAGCCCUUGAUCAGGGAGCUGACCUGCUGCCCCACGCACACCAAACCUGGUAUUGUCACAUCUACGGUUUCCUCUCGGAAGGUAAUUGCAAGCCCUCGGACCAUUGAGCUGUCGAAGCCCAAACCACUCCACCCUAAGUUCCUGCCCCCCCGGGAUCCUGAGUGGCCUGUGACAAAGGCUGCCAAGCGUGCAGUGGCUACAGAAAGAAUUGUGGGGCUGGCCCAGCCUUCCUCAAGACCUCGUAUGGGCUUGACUGCACUCAACCCAGAUGCAUUCAGAGUGAAAGAGAGUGCUCUGAAGGCAGUUUGUUCUCCACGGCUCGAAAAACUAGCUCAACCAAUUCAGCGCUAAGCUCCUUCAGAAAUGCUCCUGCCGUCUGCCCACAUCACCCCUUGGAACAUCACUCUGGGCUGUGCUGUGCCUGGAACAUCUCUUAGAACACAGCACAAGAGGCAGCACUCAGCAGGAACGCUUUCUGGGAGUUAAAAUAAAGUAAUAAUUCCUUAAGAAUA